GGAAGUUUUUAGCGCUUGCGCUCGACUGCAUAAUGAGAUCGGCAAUCGAUUGCUCUAGGUAGGUGACAGCGGGAGAUUACGAAAACAGGAGGAAAUCCGAAGUAAGGAAUAUCAAAGAUGGCGGCUACCGUGACUCCCAAUCCGUCGCAGCUUCUCCCGCUCGAGCUUGUGGACAAGUGCAUAGGAUCUCGCAUUCAUAUUGUUAUGAAGAGUGAUAAAGAAAUUGUUGGAACACUUCUUGGCUUUGAUGAUUUUGUCAACAUGGUGCUAGAAGAUGUUACAGAAUUUGAAAUCACUCCAGAAGGAAGACGAAUUACAAAACUUGAUCAAAUAUUAUUAAAUGGAAACAACAUAACUAUGCUGGUGCCUGGAGGUGAAGGUCCUGAAGUAUAAAUGGAUUCUUUGAAAAGGAACAGCUGAUAUACUUUUAUAUAUUUUUUUUUUUUUUUUUUUUUUUUUCUUUGCAUUGUUUUGAAGGCAACUAGUUCCUGCACUGCAAUCGACAAAAUGGCAUAACGCAAGAAGCUCUAAAAAGUUCUGAAAAAAAUAUUUUUACUUUGUAAACUUUACACCAUUUAACUUGUAGAAAAAUUGUAUUUGAUCAUACAUUGCAAUGCAAAUAUUUUUUGUGUUAGCCUUCUGUUUUGUUAUUUAAAAAGUGAAACAUACAAUUUUUUUUCAUUAAAUCCA